AUGAUCCUUCGUUUUCAUUUUCUUCCAAAGAGGACCUUUAUAAGACUUACAUCUCUCUUAUUUUCUCCAGGUAAACGCUCGUUGUCCGGCGCGCCAGUGUUUGGUAAACCAGAGAAGCCGAGAGACGGUAAAGCAGCUUUGUCUGUCCUAGAAAGCAUUCCCAGAGAACAAAUUCGAAACUGGGCUGUUAUUGCACAUAUUGAUCAUGGGAAGUCGACUUUAAGCGAUUGUCUACUUAAACUCACCGGUGUUAUCGAUAAGAACAAUGCCAAGAACCAAUUUUUGGAUAAAUUAGCUGUCGAGAGGAGGAGAGGAAUUACGGUGAAGGCCCAAACUUGCAGUAUGAUCUAUCACUAUCAGAAUAAGCCUUACUUGCUUAACUUGAUUGAUACGCCGGGUCACGUUGAUUUCCGUGAAGAAGUGAUGCAUAGUUUAGCAGCUUGUGAAGGAUGUAUAUUACUUGUGGAUGCAUCUCAAGGAAUCCAAGCUCAAACGCUUUCUAAUUUUUAUAUGGCCUUCGCCCAAAAUCUUGUGGUUCUUCCCGUACUUAACAAAGUUGACUUGCCAACGGCAGAUGUUGAGAAAACACUAAAUCAAAUCGAGCAAACAUUUGAGUUAGAUGUAUCUAAUACACUAUUUAUAUCUUCAAAAUCAGGAAAAAACGUUGAAAAGAUCUUACCUGAAAUUGUUCACCACUUUCCUCCUCCAGAAGGCGAUGAAUCGAAGCCUCUACGAAGUCUUUUGAUUGACUGUUGGUAUAAUAACUAUCAGGGAGUAAUUUCUUUAGUUCGACUUAUGGAUGGUACCCUGAAAAAGGGACAAAAAUUAUUGAGUGUCAAUACAGGCAGAAAGUAUGAAGUUCAGCAAGUCGGGAUUAUGUAUCCUGAUAUGACAGAAACAGCCGAAUUACGUGCAGGACAAGUGGGAUAUGUUGUUUCAAAUAUGAAAAAUAUAGACGAGGCUAUUAUUGGAGAUACCUUUACUACUGUAGGACAAUCCGUCGAGCCUUUACCAGGCUUCUCAGUACCAAAGCCCAUGGUUUUCGUAGGAGCCUUUCCAACAGACUCUUCUGAUUUUGAGCGCUUAAAUGAUUGUAUAGAGCAAUUAACUCUGAAUGAUCGUGCCAUUCACGUGGAAAAAGAAACGUCGUCUGCUUUGGGCAUGGGAUGGAGAUUAGGAUUCUUGGGGACUUUACAUCUUUCCGUUUUUGUUGAGAGACUGCAAGAUGAAUAUGAUAGAAAGCUUGUAAUAACCUCUCCUACGGUACCUUAUCUUAUUCGUUACCAGGAUGGCAAAGAAGAAAUCGUAUCUAAUCCAAAUGUGUUUCCCUCUCGACGGAUGAGAAAUCAAGAAUUCUUUGAACCUAUCGUUGAAGCGACCGUAAUUAUUCCCUCUGAAUACUUAGGAGACGUUAUCAAAUUGUGUGAGUCCUGUCGGGGUCUUCAGUCAGAUUGUACUUUUCUUUCGGAAACUAGAUGCAUGCUCAAGUACCACAUCCCUCUGGCACAUUUGGUAGAAGAUUUUUUUGGAAGAUUAAAGGGUCAAACUAGUGGUUAUGCUACUUUGGAUUACGAAGAUGCUGGAUAUGCUCCAGCAGACAUUGUGAAGCUAUCCGUUCAUGUUAAUGGUCAGUCGGUAGAUGCGCUAUGUACGGUGGUUCAUCGUUCUUUGGCACUGAAUCGAGGACGUGAAUGGAUCCACAGGCUACGCGAUCUAUUACCAAAGCAGUUAUAUGAGGUAGCAAUUCAAGCUGUCGUAGAAAGCAAAGUACUAGCUCGAUUAAACAUUGCAGCUUUACGGAAAAACGUCACUGCUAAAUGUUAUGGUGGAGAUUGGACUCGAAAGCAGAAACUACUAAACAAGCAAAAAGAGGGAAAGAGUCGCCUACGACAAAGUAGUAAUGUUUCAAUUGAUAAAUCGGUAUUUUACCAAUUUAUGAUGAAGAAAACAUCAAAUUAA